CAGGAAGGUGCGAUCAAGGUCUUCGGCGGUGAAAAUUUGAAUAUUUCAGCACGCAAAGUGAAAAACUCGUUUUGUUUCUCUCCCUACAACUACUUCUUCUACCCCAUCCAACCCUCCAUUCCUCCCUUCCUCAGCUCCGUCAUUCGAAACAUCUUCAACAACAUUUUAAGCGCUGUCAGAUUCAAGUACACCAUGACUUCUCCUAUCGACCCCCACAGCAAGUGCUACUCGCACAUCAACGGCACCGCCGAUGAGCUCAGCGACCGCCUUGCCGUCUCGGAGCUUUGCAAGGGCUGGCCUGUUUAUCGUGACGCUUCUGAGUGGCAGAACUACCGCGACCUCUUCACCGAGGAUGCCACCGUCUGGACGACCUGGAGCGGUCCCCAACAUGUUGAUGACUUCAUUGCCAUCUCCAAGGCCGGCAAAGAGAAGGGUGUUUUCAUCAUGCACCGUGAGUGCGGCACGCUAGUCGAGCUGAGCAGCAGCAACAACCGCGCCAUCGGCAAGAUGAAGGCCACCAUCACGCACCGCUUCAAGUUCGACCCCUCCACCGGUGGCAAUGGCGCUUCUCCCGCCACCGAGACGGCCGAGUUUGACGUUGACUGCGACUGCCGCUUCAUCUUCUUCUGCGAGAAGAACCCGGAGACCAAGCAGUGGAAGGCAAAGUACGUCAAGCUGUUCUACGAGAAGGACAAGGUCGUCCCCGCCGACGGCCGCACUGCUCCCGUCUUUUCCAAGGAGGAGCUCGAGAAGAUUCCCACCGGUUACAAGUACCUUGGUGCUGCUCAGGCUCGUCUCGGCUACCAGAUCGACCUGGACCUGCCCACCGCUGGCGGUGAGCUAUUCGGUCGCAUGUACGGCGAGAUGGAGAAGUGGCUGGAUGGCAAGCCGGUCGACCUCUUUUGGGAGCAGAAGUAA